AUUCUAAAUGCAAUACUCUACUGUCCUAUCGGUGAUCAUAGAAGAAUGCACGAUCACUAAAUGAGAUUCUAUCAUCAAGAUGUCGUACCUACCGCCCGCUGGUCAGCGGGUCAUGAUGGACAGAAAGAUCAGCUACCUCCCAACAUGCAGCGAGAUCCCCAACAUCUUCUCUAUGAGGAAGCCCGGGACACGCCCCAGAAAACCCACCUACGCCCAUGGCCAGCUGCCGCCGCUGAGUCAACAUCCCGAGGACUGGAUACUACCUGAGUAUCCAGCGUAUCCAAAAUUCUGGUACGACAAGAGCCCCAUGCAGCCAUUUUGCUCAGGGCUACCCAACAGCUACCCGUAUCGCCCGACCGUCACAAGGUGUGCGCCUGUCAUGUGUGAAGACCAAAUGCCGUACGGUUUUCCUAAAGAGUCGUACGACGUUCGUAGGAGGGCAGACUGGUUCAACUACUGGGCAGAAGAGAAUUUUCGCUAUGUAAGCGCUUUCAAACUGUGGGAGAAUAAGUUUGGAGCGAAGUACCUGUACACAAAACCAAGGUGCUGAGUGGUGGCUGUCGACACUUGGACGCUACCAGCCAUCUGUAGCUGUCAUAAACUCCGUGGACAUCUUGCAAAGCGUUACAAUAAACGAAAAA